CGGCCCCGCCCGGCCCCGACCGCACCGGAGCCGCUGCCAGCCCGCACGGAAGAUGGAGGCUGUGGAGGCCAGCACCCUUCAGCAGGAGCGGCUGCAGGCCAUUGCGGAGAAGCGGAAGCGUCAGACAGAGAUCGAGAACAAGCGGCGGCAGCUCGAGGACGACCGGAGGCAGCUGCAGCACCUCAAGUCCAAGGCUCUGCGGGAGAGAUGGCUGCUGGAGGGGGCCCCGGCCUCAGGCUCCGAGGAGGACGAGGCCAUGAAGAAGCAGAUGCAGGAGGAUGAGGUGAAGACCAAGGAGCUGGAGGAAACCAUCCAGAGGCUGGAGAAGGAGCUGGAGACGCUGGAGAACAGCAGCUCAGUGGCUUCCACCAAGGAGAACCUGGCAGAGGUGGCAGCGGCACCAGCCAAGGAGGAGAAAGCCGAGCCCGUCCCCAACACACAGAAGAGUCCCCUGGGCACUGUCAAGGCCGAGAAGAAGGUCUCCAGCAGCCCCAUGAAGGCGGUGGAAGGCACUGACAUGAUGAAGGCCGCCAUGUACUCGGUGGAGAUCACUGUGGAGAAGGACAGAGUGACUGGGGAGACCAAGGUCCUGUCCAGCACCACCCUGCUCCCCCAGAACCACUGUCUGCAGGGGGUCAAAGUGUACGAGGAUGAGCUGAAAGUGGUGCACGCGGUGAGCGCCGAGGACGGGGCUCUGCAGAACGGGGCUCAUCCCCUCAGCUCCUCCGAGGUCGAGGAGCUCCUGCACAAGGCGGACGAGGCCUCGCUGAGCGAAGGCGCCGCGGCCAAGGCCGGUGAGGAGCCCGGCAGCGCCGCGGGCAGCCGGAAGGCGACGCCGAGACGGGAGAUCACGGGGCUGCAAACCAAGGCACGGGAGAGCCCCGUGGCCGAGGGCACGGAGCCGAGCCGCGAGCAGCCGGUCACCAUGAUCUUCAUGGGCUACCAGAACGUGGAGGACGAGAACGAGACCAAGAAGGUGCUGGGGCUGGAGGGCACCAUCAAGGCCGAGCUGGUGGUGAUCGAGGAUGCCGAGAGCAAGCCGGAGCCGGCGCUCAAGGACCACGCACCGCCCAACGGCACCGCGCUGGAGCCCGCGGCCGCGCAGCCGCUGCGGGAGGAGAGCCCGGGCGGGCAGAACCCGGGCCCCAACGCCACGGAUGCCAAGGAGGCCGAGCAGGACACGGACGUGAAGAAGCAGCGCUGCAAGUGCUGCACGGUGAUGUGAGCCCCCGCCGAGCCCCCGCCGCCCCGGCCCCCCGCUCGCCAGGCCCGCACCGGGCUCCUUCCCACCGGACACGGCCCCUCCUCCUGCAGCACCAACACGGGAGAGCUCCAGCCGCGGCCCCUCUGCCCAGUGCUGCCUGUGCUAUUUAUUAGAGACCCCCUCAUCCUCCUGCCGCCGACGCCGGAGCCUUUCCCCCCUCUCACCGGCAGCUUCCCACCCGGAGCCGGCCGGGGCUUGGAGGAUGCUGCUGCUGCAUCCGUAGGUGACUCCCGGGUACCGGUGGCCAGCGGGACCCAGCACAAGAAGCCAGCCCCAUUCUCUGCAGCUCCAUCAUCCACUUCUGCAGGGAAAGGCCUUGGGCUGUCGUCCCCCCCUGCCCUUGCUGCCCAUGGAUGUCCCUGCUCCAUCCUGCAUCCUCAGUCUUGGGCUCCCCAAGCCAUGAGCCCCUCUGGGACUGAGCGUGGCCAGGCAAGGAAAGGGUGCUAAAGGCAGCAUCCCCUCCACAGUGCUGGGCACCGCUGGGAGCUCACAGGGUGCCAUGGGCCAUGUGUGGCUCCCACUGGAGAUGCUGCUCUGUCCCCCUGGAUACCCUGUGCAGGAGCACCUCCAGUGAUGCUGUCACCAUCCAGGUCCCAAGGCUGGGGCCAUUCCUCCAUCCUUGCUGGGGCUGAGCGGUGGUGGCCGGUGCCCGUGUCCUCCCAGGGUGAGCUGGGUGGUGAUGGCAGCGAGGGAGCCCAGCCCCAUGGGGCCAGCAAUGGGGCAGCAGCUCCGGUGCCUCCUCAAACCACAGGAGGGGGGGCCCAGCCCCGUGUCCCCCACAGCGGCAGCUUUUAGAGCCACGUUCUUGGGCCCCUGGCGAGUGGGACAGCCCAGUUCACCCCAGGCACUGGGACUGGGAGCUGCUGGGGUUCCAGGAGGGUGUCCCUGGGAGGCUGUGUCCGUGCUGGGACUGCGCAGCCCUCCCCAUGCCCCAGCCCUUCAGCGGGGAUUUCACCACCAGCACCAGCGUUUCCUCCCCACUGAGACCCGCUGGGGCAGGCGGGGGGCCCCCGGCAGCACCCAUGGGUGCUGAUCCCAUCUCAGGGCACCUCUGCCCUGCCCUGGGGUGGGGGCUGUCUCCAAGAGGGUGUCCCAUCUCCCACCAGCCCUGUACCAGCCGGGCUUGCGGUCCCCAUGCCCUGGGGGACCCCCCUCCCCGGUGCAGCCGGUGCAGAGCACUGGGAUCAGCCCAUCGGGAUGCGGGUGAUAGAACUGCCAGAAAUGGGACUCAGACCCCCAAAGCCUUUCCUCCCUCCCACCCCCCUUGUGUGAGCAGUGACACCCCCCCCCAUAACAUCCCAAUUGCUGCCCCCAGUUACAACCCAGGCUGCAGUUUCCCCCCCCAACCCCCCGCCAUGGAAUCACUACAGGGAUAGGGGAGGUGCUGGGGCUGUAUCCCAUGGGGAGAUGAUCCCAAGCCCCCUGGGAGAGGCAGGGCUGGGAUGGGGAGGGGGGGUCAGCGGCUGGCACCUCCCGGCGGGACACAGAACAGGGGCUCAGCCCCACGGCUCCUGGGGGCUGGCUCCGGGGCCGCCUAUCACCUCCUGCACCCCCUCGCCCCCCCCCCGGGUCCCACAUUGCCC